UAGCUUACCUAGUAGCAAAGGGACAAGGGACCAUCACAAGCCGCGACACCGCCUCUUUGGAGAGUAUCAGCUGGUCAGGUCGUCUACCACGCAGUUAAAUACCCUCGUUUUGCCGGACUGCUGCAGUCCCACCUACCGCAUCCCGUCGCCAGUCCCCGCCCCUCCCGUGACACACGAGGGAAGAAGCAUCGGGCAAGAUGGGCAACAACCCCUCGUCGUCGUCCAAGCCUGCGAUUCCCGUGUCGUCUCAAUCAAACACAUCGUCUGGCUAUUCCCAAACCCACGAGUCGCCCAAGCAUUCCAAACGGGACUCCAAGCAUAUCAUCCCACCCCGUACCGCCGAGCGCAUCGCCGCCCCUCCCGAAGCCUCCCUCCACCAGGCCCAAGGGUCCACGAUUACCAAAGGCCCUAAACCUCUCCAGUCCAUUCCGAUCCCCAGCAUCACGAGUUCCUCCUCCCCGUCGCCGAGUUCACACUACAAUACCCCUCAUCGGGGCAGCAACAGCAACAGCAACAGCAACAGCAACAGCAACAGCAACAGCCAUAGCAACAGCAACAGCAACAGCAACAACAGCAACAACAACAACAACAACAACAACAACAACGACAACCACUCCUCGUCUGCCCCACAGUCUCAACCGUCGGAGGACCGGCAGACCAGUCGCCAUGAGCCAAGCAAGCCCGUAGACGUCCCCGUAUGCCACACCGAAUCCUCGUCACUUCGGUCACUCGCCGCCUCCGGCCACGCCCACCCCGUGGAGGCAGGCCUGGCAUCACAGAACAGCGUCAGCGACAUGUCGUACCUCACGCGACCGCCACGCCUACCGCUCCCCAUCGAGGAGGAGGUCCAUACCCCCGGAUCACCCAUCAUAGCCCCUUCAGACGCUGCUGGUGUCGAGCCGGUGGUUGACGUCGAGGCCCUCGACUCGGAUGGCAUGACACGCAAGUCUUCGGGCUUGAGCAGUGCUACAGUAGAAGAGGACGACGGACAGGAACUCAUUGUCGAUAAGACCAGGCCCACUGUCCCGACGCGGCUCGAGUGGCGACGCGGAGGUGACAAGAUCUACGUCACUGGCACCAUUUUCCAAUGGAACCGCAAGCAACGACUCCAUCCCGUGGAAGGCAAGCCGGGCGUCUUCGCUGGCACCGUACACAUCCUUCCGGGCACUCACCAUGUGCGCUUCCUAGUCGAUGGCAUCAUGCAGACGUCGCCAGAUCUGCCGACGACAGUUGAUUUUGGUAAUAAUCUCGUGAACUAUAUUGAAAUCAGUGCAGAUGAUCUGCGCCCACAAAAGCAAACGACAUCGGAUCAAGCAGCGGGACAGACAGAUUCGAAAUCCUCCGCCGCUCAGGAGGGGGACCAGGGGAAACCGUUGCCGAGGGGCAGAUCCGUACCCUCACCCAGCCAAUACUUCCACCAGGUUCCGAAAUAUCUUAUGGAUCUCGACCAACCCGAGGACUCGCCGGCUUAUCAAUAUGCAGUGACGGCUAUAGAAAAGCUACCGGCGCCUCCUAGUUUGCCGGGAUUCCUCAGCAAGCCGAUUCUGAACGCUGCCGUGCUUAUGAAGGAUGAUAAUAGCGUCCUAAACAUGCCGCUUAACCAUACCGUCCUGAAUCACCUUGCCACUAGCAGCAUCAAGGACGGUAUGCUGGCUGUGUCGGCCACAACUCGUUUUAAGAACAAGUAUGUUACGACAAUCAUCUACAAACCAACGUCGUCGUCGUCGUCUGGGAAGUGAACUUGGCUGGUAUGGUGUUUUGGUGCCGGCAGGGUUCUUUAUUACGCUGGAAAUGACCUUGGAAUGGUGGUCCUGGGCAUUGGUCCUUGUAUUUAUCCGCGGGUCAUACCCAGGUGGGCAAGGGCAGAAGGGAC